AUGACCAGUAGUUUACAAGUUCACCAACAAUUCUAUGAAGCUUAUAAGAAUGAUUUCGAAAUGAACCAAGUCAAUGUAUUUAUGUGCUUUCAUCCUACUGCAAUGUGUGAAGUAUUUAUGCCUUUCAAUCGUACAUUGAUCGUUAUCGCAUCUACUCGUUAUGAACUGGGACGAUUCGCUAAAGAAGAUUGGACGCGUUGGAACAAAAAUCUUCAAAAAAUUGCUUCAGAUCCCCGUAAUGUAGUAGCUGGUAACAAUCUCUAUGAUGCUGAAUAUAUUCGAUAUUUUACUGGUAUAAAAACAAUCGUUUUACCAUCAUUAUGUGCUUAUACAAGAGCGUCAUAUCGACGUAAUGAGCGAAAACCUUUUUUAAUAGGAAAUAUGAAUGCGCAGAAUUUUCAUUCGAAAUUUAUGUCACUCUUAAGUGAUUCAUUUAAUCGUUUAAAGAUAAAAGUAUCGAUUCGUCAUAUACGAGACUUUUAUAAAAGACAUUAUCGAUAUACUGAACUAGCUCAACAUCCAGGUAUAAUACAUAUUCCAUAUCAAGUAUCUCUUAUGAGUAUAUUUGAGCAAUAUAGAAUGAAUAUUCCAUUAUUUGUUCCAUCACUUGAUCUUCUUACAGAAUGGCAUUAUACAUAUCAGGUUGUUAAUGAACGAACUUGGGACGGAAUCUCUAGAAAAUUAGGAAAUGCAUCAAGAAUAUCAGGUGUUUUAGGUCCUGAUAUACCUGAUCCUAAUAAUGAUUUGGAUCGAGAUGCAAUUCGUUACUGGCUAAAGUUUUCUGAUUUCUACCAAUGGCCACAUAUUAUUUAUUUUAAUUCAACUGAUGAUCUUCUUAUUAAAUUAAAAACGACCAAUUUUCAACAAGUUAGUGAAAAUAUGAAAGUAUAUAAUGCUAAUUUAAGAAAACAUCUAUUCGAACAAUGGCGCCAAAUACUUCAAAGAACUAAUCCACUAUAA